ACCGCUUCGGUUCUAGACUCGUGCCGUCUGCCAGCCUGCCGGCCCCACCGCCGCGACCGCCCUCCAAAGAUUUUCUUUUCCCCAUGAAGAUUGGAACCUCCAACCACCAACCUUCCCUUCACCACCUUCUCUCCAGCAUCUCGACCUGCACCGCGGCAGUGAUCCUUUGCGUGAGCCUGCUUCUUUUGACAUCUCGACAUCUUCCGUCCUUUCCAAAUCUUCCCCAUCUAUCAUCAUGGCUGAUACCUCUGCUGCCUGGCCCUUGGCCGACGAGAGCCUGACUCAGAGCCUUCUGGACCUUGUCCAGCAGGCCUCCCACUACCGCCAGCUCAAGAAGGGAGCCAACGAGGCCACCAAGACCCUCAACCGCGGUACCGCCGAGCUGGUCAUCCUCGCCGCCGACACCUCCCCCCUCGCCAUCGUCAUGCACAUCCCCCUCCUGGCCGAGGACAAGAACUGCGUCUACGUCUUCGUCCCCAGCAAGCUCGCGCUCGGCCGUGCCUGCGGUGUCUCCCGCCCCGUCAUCGCCGCCAGCAUCACCACCAACGAGGCCAGUGACCUGAUGGGCCAGAUCCGCACCCUCAAGGACAAGGUCGAGAGACUCAUGCUGUAAAACGAGCGGAAGUCUUCUCUGUCUCUCUCUCUCUGUGUGGGCUGGUGAUAGGCCGGGUAAAAUGAUGAAAACAUCGCCCAUUCCAGCCGGGUCGUCCCAGCCGGGAUGGAUUUUCAUGUCCCCCCCUUCGGUAUGCGUGCAGGAGCUAGUAGCUGGCUUUGGGAGAGGGUGACUGGUUGAGGUGGGAGUUUCACUAGUGGAUGGGGGACUGGAUUUUGCUUUUGUUUGUCUUUCUCGGUGCUGUCAUUCAAGACUACAGAGAAUUUUCUUUUCUGUAACUCUGCUCGCUGAAUACGUUUCGAGUGGAAACCCAUGUACCCCUCCGCUUUUUGCUUGGGUUUAGACAGUUUAUUGGCUUAAAUGUCGAAUCCCACGAUGUUCGCUUGGCUUGUCAGAA